AUGACGAAUGGUACUAAUAGCGAGUCCGGAAAUGCGCAGCAAGUCGACUUUAGAGACCCGGCUGUCUAUGCUGAGUAUGAGACGAAGUGGUCUUCUAUUCCGGAAGACGAAGCAGGCUGGCUCCAGCGUGCUCAAGAUGUAGCCGAUGUUCUCGCCGUUGAUGCCGUCGUGCGAGAUCAAGAGAACAAGUCUCCACGUGCGGAAGUUGCACUACUGAAGCACUCUGGAUUACUGAAGCUCCUUGGUCCGAAGCAGUAUGGUGGCGGUGGUCAGCCUUGGAGCGUGGGCUACAAGGCGAUUCGGAAGGUCGCCGAAGCAGACGGGUCAAUCGGCAUGCUCCUCGGCUACCACCUCCUCUGGUCAACCACAGCAAACAUCGUUGGCUCACCCGAACAAGCCGAUCGCUUCCAGAAGCUCAUAAUCUCGAACAACUACUUCAUCGGCGGCGCGGUUAAUCCCCGCGACAGCGACCUAUCCAUCAAGUCCGACGGCGACGGCCUCGUUUUCAACGGCUUCAAGUUCUUCAACACAGGCGGUGUUGUGUCUGAUCUUACGGUUCUCGAGGGCGUAUACGAAGGCACCGGGAAUCACAUCUUCGCCUUUGCCAAGACGGAUCAACCCGGUAUCCAAUUUGGACAUGAUUGGAAUAAUAUUGGUUUGCGCUUGACGGAGUCGGGCAGUGUGAAGAUCUCCGAUGUGCGCGUACCUUGGGCGGAUGCACUGGGUUGGAACAUCGAGAAGAAAGAACCAGAUCCCCGUGCGCUGCAGAUACCGUUUGCGACGCUGCUUCUGCCAACCAUCCAGCUUGUCUUCAGUAACUUUUACCUCGGUAUCGCGCUAGGUGCACAACAGUAUGCAGCGAGGUACACAUUGAAGGGAACUCGAGCAUGGCCAUUCGGUGGCGAUAACAAGGAGAAAGCCACAGACGAAUUCUACAUCCUCGAACGCUACGGCAACUUCCAUGCCCACCUCCGCGCCGCAUCCGCCCUGGCAGACCGCGCAGGCCAGGAAGUCGAUGCCGUCCUCAAUGAAUAUGCAGGCGAUCUGGAUACCCGAGGGAAGCUGACUGCGCGUGAGCGAGGGGAGCUGGCGGAAUGGGUUGCGAGCGUCAAGGUCGUUACAACAGAUACCAGCCUGCGGGUCACUUCCGGUGUGUUUGAGGUCACAGGCGCGAAAGCGACGAGUGCGAAAGUAGGCUUGGAUCGGUUUUGGAGAGAUGUUAGGACGCAUACGCUGCAUGAUCCUGUCGCGUAUAAGAAUCGCGAGCUGGGGAGGUUUGAGUUGUUGGAUGAGAUCCCGGAGGCUACUUGGUAUACUUGA